UCAGCACGCAGCACUACCUAAGGCGUACCCGGCCGACACUAUGCUCAGCACACACAACACAAUACAACACUGCCCCCUCCCUACGGAACACUCAGCACGCAACACUCCCCCACAGGUAUCGCCGCAGAAGUUCCGCACCGUCACCACAGAGGCCGAGCCGCCGGGCCGCGUGGUGGGCGUGGGCGUGGGCGUGGCGGCGGGCGGCCAGCAGCAGCAGCAACAACAGGACCCCCAGCAGCUGUCCCGCACGUCGCAGCUGACCCUGGCGCUGAAGGCGGUGCACUUCACGGCGGGCGGCCAGGCGACGCUGGCCUGCGAGGCGACCUUCUCUGGAAUGUACAGCAGGGUGGCCAGGAAGCACCUGGCUCUGCCCGGCUACAAGACGGCGGCGCCCUCACAGAAGCUGUUCGGUGGCGGCGCCCGCGUGGGGGCAGGCGGCAGCGGGGGUGCCGCCGCCCUGCUGAUGGGCCUGGCGCUGGUGCGGCUAUUGUAGGGAGCCCCGCGCCCGGGCCAGCCACCCUUCCCUGGGCUGGCCAGGCCACGCCUUGUGGACGACUGUCUCGCCGUUCUGAACACCGGCAGGCGGCGAGCGGCGGCGGCAGCAGCACCGGCCAUAACGCCCAGGCGUGGCGGCCGCGGCGCCCCGGCGUGCCGGCUGUGGCGCAGCAGCCAUAACGCCCCGGCGUGGCGGCCGCGGCGCCCCGGCGUGCCGGCUGUGGUGCAAUGGCCGUGGCGGCUGUGGCGCACUCUGCGAGGUGAAGCCAGCCAUGCAGGGCAACGCUGGCAGCGACGAGCAGGCUGGCCUCAGACCACGCACUGCUCCCACCCCCCUCCCGGGUAACGGGUGGCGGGCCUUCCCCUCCCCUCGGUGUACAUGCCCCUGUAGCGGCAGCCCCGCCUCCCCGUAGACACGUGUACAUACGUACUCACCAUGAGGACUUUUGUUGCCUAUGGAUUGAAUUCAGGGUCCUAGCGUAUAAGGAACAAGUAACAAACACACAUUAGCCUGGUAGACUCCUCUAUAAUGGCAGAGUUGAAUGAACGGGAAUCACCCCCUCACCGUCAACCCGACAUCCCCGUCAGCCGUAGGUCGUCACUAUACCUGAUGGCGACAGACAUGUAUCACAUAGCGCUAAGUCGAUGGGACGUAGAGCCUAA